AUCAUCAAAGGUUCUCUGAGAGAAGAAAAAAAAACAAUGGGUUCCGUAGAAGAAGAGCAAUUACUCAUCGAACAAGGUUUAAUACAGGAGGAACUCAAACUAUAUGCAGAAGAUGGUUCCGUCGACAUCAAUGGAAAUCCACCGUUAAAGCACAGAACUGGAAACUGGAAAGCUUGUCCUUUUAUUCUAGGCAACGAAUGUUGUGAGCGGUUGGCUUACUACGGUAUUGCUAUUAAUCUCAUUACUUAUCUCACCGCUGAACUCCACCAAGGAAACGUUUCCGCCGCUAGAAACGUCACGACAUGGCAAGGAACUUGUUACAUCACUUCUCUCAUUGGAGCUGUCUUAGCUGACGCUUACUGGGGUAGAUACUGGACCAUUGCUUCUUUCUCCUCCAUUUAUUUCAUCGGAAUGUCUGCUCUGACUCUCUCCGCAACAGUUCCAUAUCUGAAACCCUCCGACUGCAUCGGAGACUUCUGCCCAUCACCAACCACACCUCAGUACUUAACCUUCUUUCUCGGGCUUUACCUUAUAGCUCUUGGCACCGGGGGAAUCAAACCGUGCGUCUCCUCCUUUGGUGCUGAUCAGUUUGACGACAGGGACCCGAAUGAACGUGUUAGAAAGUCUUCUUUCUUCAACUGGUUCUACUUCUGCAUCAAUACCGGUGCGUUUGGAUCCUUCCUCCUUGUGUUGGUUCAGGAGAAUAUCGGCUGGGGGUUAGGUUUCGGGAUACCAACUGUGUUCAUGGGAUUAGCUAUCAUCAGUUUCUUCUUUGGCACUCCUCUUUACAGGUUUCAGAAACCUAAAGGUAGUCCCAUCACAAGGAUUUGCCAAGUUCUUGUCGCUUCAUUUCGUAAGACCAAUCUCAAAGUCCCUGAAGACACAACACUUCUGUAUGAAACUGAAACACAAGAGCUGAUCGUUGCAAGUAGGAAACUCGAGCAUACAGAUGAUUACAAGUAUCUUGAUAAAGCUGCUGUUUUAUCAUUAGAAGAAGCAAACUCCUUAGAGUUUUUCAAUCCGUGGAGCCUAUGCACCGUUACACAUGUCGAAGAAGUCAAGAUUCUUAUCCGAAUGCUUCCCAUAUGGGCUUCAGGUAUCAUCUUCUCAUCUCUCUACGCUCAAGCAACCACCAUGUUUGUCCAACAAGGAAGAGCCAUGAACUGCAACAUCGGCUCUUUCAAGAUCCCUCCAGCGACUCUCGGGGUCUUCGACUGCAUCACUGUCCUCAUCUGGGUCCCACUCUACGACCGGUUCAACGUCCCGGUCACUAAACUUCUCACAAGUUCCGACAAUGGUUUCACCGUGCUUCAACGAAUGGGAAUAGGUCUUUUCAUUUCUAUCUUCGGUAUAGCAACAGCAGCCGUGGUUGAGAUGGUUCGGCUCGGUAUGGCGGAAACCGGAACCGACGCUUCUUUAACCGUGUUUUGGCAGGUUCCGCAGAUAUUUAUAUUUGGUGCAGCAGAGGUUUUUUACUUUGUAGGACAGCUUGAGUUCUUUUAUGGUCAGUCACCAGACUCGAUGAGGAGUGUGUGUAGUGCGUUGGGACUACUGGCUAAUGCGUUGGGGAGUUACUUGAGCUCGUUAAUCCUCACGGUGGUGACGUAUUUCACGACCAAGGACGGUGGAGAUGGGUGGAUUACGGAUGAUCUUAACGAGGGACAUCUUGAUUACUUCUUCUGGUUACUGGCCGGUUUAAGCACUUUGAAUGCAUUGGUUUAUGUUUUUUCUGCUGUUAAUUACAAACAAAAGAUAACGUCGUAAUUGUAGCUUUUGUUUUUUUGCCUUUUUGUUUUUUUUUUAAUUUCCUAUCAGAACAUACUAACAAUUAUCUGUAGAAUUUAGUCAUUUUCAUUUGUUGUUUUUUCAA